UUUUUUUUGUCAUCAAUCCUUUCAAUUUCUCGCAAUACAUAAUUCUAAAAAAAAAGAAAGGUGAAUUUAUUCUGUUCAUUGCUCGUUCUGUUCUUCCCACUUUCACUGAAGAGAGCAGCCGCAGAGAUGCAAGCUGAUUCUUCUCCGUUCAAGAUAAUUCUCGGGUCUUCUUCAAUAGCCCGGCGGAAGAUUCUAGCCGAGAUGGGAUAUGAAUUCACGCUGAUGAGUGCAGAUAUUGAUGAGAAAAGUAUCCGAAAGGAUAAGCCCGAAGAGUUGGUGAUGGCCCUUGCUGAGGCUAAGGCAGAUGCUAUCACAUCAAAACUACAUUCUCUAAAUAAUCCAGAGGGUUCUGAAUCGGCCAUUUUGAUUGCAGCAGAUACAGCAGGAGCCAUUUCCCAGAAGCUCCCUUUGGGUGACUACACAAAGGAUGCUGUUGAGCCCACGCUAUUAAUUACUGCUGACCAAGUGGUGGUGUAUGAAGGUGCUGUCAGGGAAAAACCAUCCAGCAAGGAAGAAGCUUGGGAAUUCAUAAAAGGAUAUUCUGGGAGACAAGCUGCUACCGUGAGCUCUGUCCUCGCUACUAACCUUAAAACUGGGAUCAGGAAAGGAGGAUGGGACAGAGUUGAGAUAUUUUUUCAUGAAAUACCAGAUGAAACGAUUGAAAAGCUGAUUGAGGAAGGAAAUGUGCUAUACGUUGCUGGGGCACUAAUCAUAGAGCAUCCUCUGAUAUUGCCAUUAGUAAAAGACGUGAUGGGAACAACUGACAGCGUGAUGGGACUCCCAAAAGCUCUUACCGAGAAGCUCAUAAAAGAGGUUCUGUGAGUGAAGUAGCUUGCUUGAUCUUUCACUAUCGGUGUCUCUGGAGAAGUCACUGGGAUUUCUUGGCUACUGCUGCUGUUUGUCUCGUUUUCACUUGUUUGAGCUCGACACUCUUCAACCGAUGGUGUAGUAUCAUGCAUAUAUGAAACUGAGUAGUCCAUACUCACGAUUACUUCCUUUAAAUGACAAUUGGAAGCUGUAAGAGAUCAUUUGGUCCUCAUAUUUACAUGGCUCUUUGAAAGGAACUUAUGUCGGUUUGAUUAAAAAAAUAUAUAUAGAAAUCUUGCCUCAAUCGACUUAGAUAA